UCCUCAUCUCUCAGACCUGCUCUUGUCUCUCCCUCCCUCCCCUUCUCUCUUUCUCACCCUUUUCCAUUUCCGUUGCCUCCCGCGUCCACCCAACUCCCACCCGUCUGCAGCGCAAACUUUGCCCGUGGUGCCCGUACCUUGGCUAGACUUCACAUCCCCGGAGGUCGCUCUGGCUCCUUUCGUCCUCCCACCUGCAUUCGACUCCGCUUAUUUCGAGUCCCUCCCUCGCCGGUCACGGGCCCCUUUGCCUCCCUCCACCGUACGACUUGACGACAAUAACGCUUGAUUUCCAUCGCGAACGCACCGCCGGCUUGAGGGGUGGCUUUUCGACCCUCCUCCUUUUCUCCGCAGACCAUCGGGACAACGAUGCAGCCUGGUUUCUUCGAAUGCGACCGUUCUUUCCCACCGAAGAGUGACUUGUCCGACUUCUCCUGUCGUCCGACACUGCCCUUGCGAGAUAACUAAAAUAAUACGAUCGGGAUCCUGCUGUUUAUCCGGGUAGCCGUGCAGUCGUUUGUUGAAGGAGACCCUAUCUGUCUACGCAACUAGCCCUCGAUGAUUCGAUGAUAUAUAUUACAUACGCUGUUGAUUGGAUUGUCGCGACGCUUCUGUGACUCCUUGUCCUGUUGAGCGUUGGUGAGAAGAAUUCCCCGGAGUUCGGCCUCAAUUGCCACCUCUCUGGAUUUCGCUCCUCACCCACCUUUCUCUUCCUUCUCCCCCCCCUUUUUCCCGCCUACCUUCCUGCAACCUGCUCCCUACGGGCGUGCGAGAUUUGCGAUCCCGCCUCCUCCGUCUUGUGCGGGUGUAAGGAGGAGGUCGCUAUAUGUCAUGUCACUCAACUCUUCCCCCACAAAACCCACCAGUCCGUCGCACGGGAGGAGUCGCAACUUCUUUCUAUCUAAAUUCCGAUCACAACUGGGCCAUCGAAAUCGCAGCAUCACCGAUUUCUACGUCGAACCUGACGACCCGUGGCGGACAUAUUCCCCAGGCGAUUCUAUCAAAGGCACCGUCGUUUUGACGGUUGUCCGUCCCGUUCGCGUCACGCAUCUUGUUAUCUGUCUACAUGGCUUCGUCAAGGUAUUCAAGAAUACGGUGGCCUCAGCAGAGGCGGCUCCGGACAUAGGAUUUCUUGGCCCGGGCAGAGGACGGCGGGGCUCCGAAUAUCUGGGUAAUGGCCUGGCUACUCUGUUCGAGGACGAAGUCGUCCUUUGUGGUGAGGGCCGUCUGAAGGAGGGGAUCUACAAGUUUCGUUUCGACAUGCUCUUCCCACCUUAUGCUCUACCCAGCAGUAUUACUUUCGAACGAGGAAUGAUCAGCUACAUGCUUACGUCCACCCUGACAAAGCCGACCACUAUAAACCCAACCCUUUCGUGUCGAAGACGGGUUAAUUUUCUCGAAAAUAUCGACAUUGCACCAUUUCCUGCACCCAAACCCCGUGUUGUUACUUUGGAACCCGUUUCCCGACGCUCCAAGUCCAAAGCCAAAUCGAAAUCGACAGGUACCGAUCGCGCAUCAGACAACAUUUCAUUGGCAACGUCCGCCAACGGCACUGUGACGUCCGGAGAUCACUGUGCCCCGCUUAGUCCGGCCCCCAGUGAAAUAAGCUCCUCAAGUCGGCGCAGUGACAGUACGCAAAGCCUUCGCGUUGCGACCGACCCAGGCUCUUCCACCAGUGGCCAUGUGCGAAGCUCUGAAGCGUAUAGCACGACGCCCUCCCUAGCCGAGAAGAGCAAAUCGAUCGUUGCCACUGCGGAGGUACUUCGUUCCGGCGUACUGCCUGGUGAUAUUCUACCGGUCAAGGUUUCAAUCAAUCAUUGCAAGCAGGUUCGCAGCCCACACGGUAUCAUCGUUACGCUCUAUCGGCAAGGGCGUAUUGACCUCCACCCAACCCUUCCAAUCGGCUCUACAGCGGAUGGCAAGAAGCCUGUUUAUGAGGACUGCUACCCGCGAUCACGCACGGGUCUCGGAGGUCUCACACUGGGCUCCACACGCAUGAGUAGUGUCUUCCGCAAGGACUUGUCACAGACCUUUGCCCCACUGAUCGUGGACCCGACAACCAUGACAGCGGUCAUCAAGACUUCGAUUCGCGUACCCGAAGACUCGUUUCCUACCAUUACCCGUGUGCCUGGAGGCCUCAUCAGCUUCAGAUACUACAUCGAAGUUGUCGCCGAUUUGCGAGGGAAACUCGCAGCGCCAGACUUCCUCCGUCCCCGGUUCAACAUGGUGUCAAAUGGAAAGACAUUUUCACCCAGCGGCCAGCUUCUGAACUCUUUUGAUUCUGCUGGUAACUCGAUCACCGCAAAUUGGGGGGAUAAUAUUCUCGAUACAGAUCAGAUCCGGCGUGAGAAGGGUGUGAUUGCUCUGGUCUUCGAAGUUGUGAUCGGAACUCGCGACUCGGCCCGCCGGAUGCGGCGAGGGAGCAGCGCAUCCACCGGCGAAGAAGCCGCGGCGUCGCAGGCAACAAAUUCCGAACAGCCGUUCUCUGUAGCAGAAGAUGAUAAUGGGCUUGUUGAUGAGAAUGGCGCUUAUGUGGAUUACUCGGGCCAGGAUGAUUACGACUACACCCAUGAGCAGGGUUGGACCUAUCCUCCAGACGUGGAAGAAGAAUCAUACAUUCCUAACGACCAGAUUCUUGCACCACCGCAGACUGAGGAGCCGGUCGAUGAAAAGACACGACUACGACGAGCAGAGGAGAUGCUGCUCCCUAGCCAACCGCCGGAUGAACGAGAUGCCGGCCCAUCGACUAUGGAGAAUAAUAUACACAUGCCGACCGCUCCCGUAUUACCGGAAGAUGACCAUAUAUAUGAUUAUCAACAUCUUCCGGGACCCCCUAUCGCCGCUGCCGCUCCUGAUGGCGGUUCUAUCAGGGCCAGAGACUUUGUGGCCUCAUCCGCCAGCGACGACAAGCUGGAGCUGGAGCGAGAACGCCUUAUGCGGGAGGCGAGCGCCCCAGUCGUAGAAGGUGUGGAGGGCCAUUCGACCGUCCCUGGCCCCAGCGCCCCCGUGUUUGACGAGGAUGAUAUCGUCGAGGCCGGUGCGCAUGGGGACGAGUCUCUUCCUCGCUACCUACGAUAGUGAUGAUGGUAUAUGAUUUUGGCUUUCACUUGGCCUAUAUUGUACAGCGCUAUACACCGAUUUUGCAUUUACAUGCUGGGUUUCAUUUGGAGAUACCACUCGAGUUAUUGAUUGUAUAUUUGGACUUAGCGAUUGUUGGGAACACGGUUGAUCUGUGCGUCCAGUUGGAGUGAUGAGGCAUGUGGCGUAGCCGUGUACAAAUCCUAUUUUGCAUAAUAAUUCAUAUUAUUUAUAAUUAAU